AUUUGAUUUAGCAUACGUAUUUGAAAAUAUGUUGACAACUGUAUUAAAAAAUACCUGUACAAGACGUACACAAUUAGCUUGGUUCAGUUUUCAAAAUGUAAACAAAAAUAAUAACAGCAUUUCUCCCUUCCAAACCGAAUGUAAACCAGUUGAUUUGUCCUUUGAAACAAAUAAAAUGUACGCCAUGUUUCCUUCUAUUUGUGAAGAAAUUGUUGAUAAACAGCUUGUUUACCAUCUAGCAUAUCCCGAACUCAGAGAAAGGUAUUCCCGUCUCUUACAGUAUACUGUCAAUAAUAACGAGCCAAGAUAUAAUGGUAAGGGAAUAUUUUCUGUGUAUGCCUACAGAAUGCUGGGGAAACCUUCAGUACUUACAGACGAUAACAUCAAGAAAGCUUGCAUACUUGGAUGGUGCCAGAGAAUGAUUGACGUUAGUGUAAUAAUCGACGACGACAUUUUUGAUAUCUCAGAUCUAAGGUACAAUAAACCAACAUGGCAAUCUCUUGAAGGUGUUGGACGCGACAAAGCAACCUUAGACGCAGCCUUUGUGGAAUCAUCAGUAUGGUAUCUUUUAAUAAAUCAUUUCAAAUCUCAUAAGUUUUUUGCUGAUAUUUUGAAACAAGUUCUGAUGUCGUAUGCUGUUACUAAUAUAUCUCAAUGUUUGGAACUAACAAAAUAUAACGUUAGCGAAUUGGAAAGGUAUACCUAUUCCAUGAGAGGAUAUGGUUUUGCCUUACCAUUGCUUAGAACAGCUUUAUAUUUGGCUAAUAUUGACGAUAAGGAUGCACACAGCUUUUCGCAAAAACUGUCUAUGAAAUUGUCACAUUUCAUUAAAGUUGAGGACGAUUUCAAUGGUGUGUUUAACCCAAUGUCAGACAUUCAGAAGUCAUGUACGGAUAUUUCAGAAGGAAGACCUUCGUGGCUAGCAAUUCAAGCUUAUCAGAGAAGUAGCCCAGCUCAAAAGACUAUACUGGAACAACAUUAUGGUAGAGCUAAUGAAGAAUCAGUACAAAAAUGUUAUGAGUUAUUUAAAGAUCUUAAACUGGAUGAGGUUUUUACAAAAUAUAGGGAAGAUUUCUACAAUCAGAUUUAUUUAAGUAUUCAUAAAGAUUUGCCCAAAAAGUUACCCAAAGAAUUGUAUUUGAAUUUUUUAAAUUUCUGUACUACUGGUGGUUUGAGAGUUUAA